AAACAGCAGAAGUUGACUGCAGAGUGAGUACUGAGAGUAAACCUGCAAGAAAGGAGGAAGCGACAUCUGGACUAACCCCAGGCUUAUCAUAUCAAACACUUUCCUCUACUGGCUAACAGUGAUUUAUUGAUUUCCUGCAGUGCUCUAUAAAAGUGAGGGGAUCAACAUGUCUUCGAUGGACUUAGAGAAGCUGAAGAUGACGGGGGCUGGUCGAGCCAUAGCAGUGCUGACCAGCGGUGGAGAUGCACAAGGGAUGAAUGCUGCUGUCCGAGCUGUGACAAGAAUGGGCAUCUACGUGGGGGCCAAGGUCUAUCUUAUAAAUGAGGGAUAUCAGGGCCUGGUGGACGGGGGAGAUAACAUCACACUGGCUCACUGGCACAGUGUGACCAACAUCAUCCAACAGGGUGGCACUGUGAUUGGAAGCGCCCGAUGCAAAGCCUUCCCAACCCGAGAGGGCAGGGUUGCAGCUGCCUUCAACCUGGUGAAGAAAGGCAUCACAAACCUGUGUGUGUGUGGUGGAGACGGCAGCCUCACUGGAGCCAACAUCUUCCGCAAUGAGUGGAGCGAUCUGCUGGAUGAGCUUGUACAGAAAGGGAGGAUAACGGACACAAUGGCCAAACAGCACGACCACCUGAACAUCGUGGGGCUUGUGGGCUCCAUCGACAAUGACUUCUGCGGGACAGAUAUGACCAUCGGGGCAGACUCGGCACUGCAUCGCAUCAUGGAGAUAAUCGAUGCUAUCAUGACCACUGCACAAAGCCACCAGCGAACCUUUGUACUUGAAGUCAUGGGGAGACACUGUGGAUAUCUGGCCUUGGUGUCUGCCCUUGCAUCUGGAGCAGACUGGCUCUUCAUCCCAGAGGCUCCUCCUCAGGAGGGCUGGGAAGACCGCAUGUGUACCCGGCUAGAAACGAGCCGCAUCAAGGGGUCCAGGCUUAACAUUAUAAUCGUGGCAGAAGGAGCCAUCGACAGAAAUGGGAAAGCCAUCUCAUCAACUUACAUAAAAGAUCUGGUGGUAAAGAGGCUGGGCUACGACACGAGAGUGACAGUACUCGGGCAUGUUCAGCGAGGAGGAACUCCCUCAGCAUUUGACAGAAUACUGAGCAGUAAGUUGGGUGUGGAGGCGGUGGUGGCUCUGAUGGAGGCCACUCCUGACACCCCCGCCUGUGCCAUUGGCCUGUCAGGAAACCAUGCUGUUCGUCUGCCUCUAAUGGAGUGUGUAGAGAUGACUAAGUUGGUGCAGACGGCCAUGAAUGAGAAGAGGUUUGAUGAGGCUGUCAAACUGCGUGGAGGGAGUUUUGAGAACAACUGGAAUAUCUACAAGCUUCUUGCCUUUCAGAAGCCCUCACAGUCUCAGAGCAAUUUCUCUUUGGCUGUUCUGAAUGUUGGCGCUCCAGCUGCAGGGAUGAAUGCAGCCGUGAGGUCUGCUGUGAGGUUAGCACUGGCUAAUGGACACAAAGUCUACGCCGUCCAUGAUGGCUUUCAAGGACUCGCCAAAGGAGAUGUAUUUGAGAUGGAAUGGCACAAUGUGGCGGGAUGGACUGGCCAAGGAGGCUCCCUGCUGGGGACAAAGAGGACUCUUCCAAAUAAACACCUGGAGAAGAUUGUGGAAACCAUCACCAAGUUCCAGAUCUCAGCUCUGCUUGUAGUAGGAGGUUUUGAGGGGUACCAAGGUGUGCUGCAGCUGUGUGAAGCCCGGAGUCGCUACGAUGAGCUCUGCAUCCCCAUGUGUGUAAUCCCUGCCACCAUCAGCAAUAACGUCCCCGGAACCGACUUCAGCCUGGGAGCAGACACGGCUGUCAAUGCUGCCAUGGAGGGUUGCGAUAAGAUCAAGCAGUCUGCCUCUGGAACCAAGAGACGGGUGUUUGUGGUGGAGACAAUGGGUGGAUACUGUGGCUAUCUGGCAACCUGCACUGGCAUAGCUGUGGGAGCUGACGCAGCCUACAUCUUUGAAGACCCUUUCAACAUCCAGGACCUGAAGACCAAUGUGGAGCAUUUGACUGAAAAGAUGAAGAAGGACAUCCAGAGGGGUCUGGUGCUCAGGAAUGAAAAGUGCCAUGAGAACUACACGACAGACUUCAUCCACAGGCUGUAUUCAUCAGAGGGGAAGGGCAUCUUUGACUGCAGAGUCAAUGUGCUGGGACACCUUCAGCAGGGAGGAUCACCUUCUCCUUUUGAUAGAAAUUUUGGCACCAAGUUGGGUGUAAGGGCGAUCCAGUGGAUUUCAGAGAGACUGACUGAAAACUUCCGACAAGGUCGCGUGUUUGCCAACGCACCAGACACGGCAUGUGUACUCGGCCUCAACAGAAAGGUCAUCUCAUUCAUCCCCGUCACUGAACUGAAGGAAGCGACUGACUUUGAACACCGGAUGCCAAAGGUCCAGUGGUGGCUCAAGCUUCGGCCGCUGCUCAAAAUGUUGGCCAAGUACCAAACCAGCUUCUGUGAAUACGUCCCAGGAGAGAUCGCACAUGUGACCCGACGCUCCCUGAGCAUCGACCCGGGGUUUUAGGCUCUCUUGCACUGCAAUAUUCUCUCCGCACUUUUAAUCCUUAUCUGUCCAACACUUGGCCCUACAGGCACUUAAAGGAAGGUCUUCCAACAGCUGCCAUUACUGGUUACAGGUAUUGAGAUUUGAAAAGACAGCAUUGCUCUCUGUCAUCAGUGUCAUAGUAGCUACAAUAUAUUGAAUAAAUAAUGUAGAUUUAUUCUACAAGAAUUAAUUUGCCGAAUGAGGGAUUAAGAACUUAGCAGCAGCUAUGUCUUGUACCAAGUGAGCCUUUGUAUAGUCAAAUAACUGUAAAAACACUACCAGGUCGGCCUUCAAAUCAAAACUGUUAAUUUACUACUGAAUAUAUUAAAAAAUGUUGCAUAGUUUCCUUUUUCAUGUAACAAAUCAAGUAUUUGGUUCCAUGUUUUUGAGUUUUUAAUGUUAAAAAUAUCUGCUUACAUUUUUGGAGCCUCUUUAUUGUUGCCUAAAAAUGUAACCAUACCUGUACUUAGUUGGCUUUGCUGAGACAUCUAAAUGUCAUAAAAGGACUCUAUGAAUUAUGA